GUCGUAUGUCAAGACACUACGGGCAAGUGUGGAGGUGAUUGCACGCAAGCUGAACCCACAGACACGGGAAUGGCAGGGCGAGCAGCCCAUCAUUGAUCGUUUCGAGCACAAGAAAUUGUUUUUGAAUAUGGAAGAGAUUCUGGAAACAAACGAACGUUUCAUGUCUGAUCUUGAAAAGUGUAACGGUGGUGCCGCAGACGGCGGCGUGUGCUUUGGCGAAGUUUGUGCGAGUCAUAUUGUCAACUUUGAAUGCUACCGAUACUACGCUCUGAAUUAUUCGUUUGCCCACAACCUCCACCUCACGCUGUCAAAGAACAACGGCGCCUAUCGCAGGUCUCUGGACAUCUGCUACAAGGACAGUCGUUUCUUGAAUCGCAGUAUGAUUGAACUCUUGUCGGAACCAGUCCAACGCAUCACCCGCUAUACAAUGAUGAUUAAAGCCAUCUUGAACCACACAUCGCCACAACAUCGUGAUUAUAUGCCAUUGACGCGUGCGUACGUCAAAGCAUGCGGUAUUGCAAGCAUGGCCGAUGAUGAUGCCACUAAACUGGCGACCACGUGUCAUGUCCUUCAGCAGUCUGUCAAGAAUGCCCCUUGUAGCUUGGUGAACCAGAACCGCUCCUUCAUUGCCCACUUGGAUGCCGACGAGAUCCAUCGUGUCAAAGGCAAACCAAAGCGACCAGUGACCCUGUUUUUGUUUGCGGAUAAACUCAUGAUUGCCGAGCGACCCAACUAUUCGUGCAGAGGCAUUGACUUAUGUGACAAUGGCAAAAGUCAGGAUAGCUUCCCGAUGUGGAACCUGAAAAGAGACCCAAUGUUAAAGUUUAGAGGAUGGAUCGACAUUGAACAGGUUCAAAUCUUUGAAGGCGCGCCAGAUUCUCCCAAUUCGUUUGUAUUGUUUGCAUCCGAUACUCAGAAGCAAGAGUAUAGCCGUGGUCGUGGCCCCGCCCCUACAACCGAGUCCCAUGAAGAUUAUUUCCGCAGAGGCCUUCGUUUGUUCUCUGUGGCGUCUCAUGAUGACAAUGACCAAGAGAGUUUGCAGCGUACAGCCGAAUUUGUCAAUGAUUUUCAAAAGGCCCAAGCGCUUGCUAAGCGAUAUGGUCCGAAUGACCAGUCGUACCACCGACUAUGGUGUGAAUCCAACGUGUACAGCAACAUUUACGAUACAACAAGUUACACGCAUGCAAACUAUAAGCAUAACAUUGCCGUUGUAUAUGUGGAAGAAGAAACAUCGGUGAACCUCCGGCCGCUAUUCCGUGGUGGUAGUACUGCGCCAUGGAUCGUGGCGUUGGUGUUGCAAGCUGCGGGUCGGCAAGGUUUCCGAUAUCACAUUUGGAGCAAGAUCCCCUUACACCCAGACCGUGAGAUCCUCGAAAGCAUUCCAUUGGCUCCAAAGCAAGUGAAUGUUGAUGGCAAACCGAACCAUAUCUUUGGAUGUGUAUUUUGGAACAAUGUGUUCUUGUGCGAACGACACCUACGAGCAUCGGAUGUCUACACGCACGCCCAUCGUGAGGAGCUAGAAGUCAAACCGAGAAGCCGGUCCCGGUCACGAUCCCUCACUCGCUCCACCAGCAUUCCUACCCUGCCAGGCUGGCUUGGCGGCAAUAGCAGCCAACGGUCACGCUCCAUGUCUCCUUCACGCGGUGCUGUCAAACCUGCAUCAUCACGUUCUUCGCCCAUCCACGGUGGAGCAGCAGCAGGUGGCAAAUUGUCAUUUAGCAAAAAGUCCACCCGGUCCCGCUCUAGCAGCAUGACAUCCAGUUCAUCCUCGGGCAAUACUCUGGCUAGAAGCUUGACGAAAUCAACCUCGUCGUCAACCACAGCAACAGCAACAUUGCUUGAUCAUUAUCAACCUUAUCAGCAGCAAAAGCAGAAGCAGCAAAUGACAAUAGCAAGACCGACUAGCAAGAUGAUGCAGCGCAAGAGUUUGCCACCUUCGUUGUGUCCGCCUUCGGAACCCAUUUUGCCGCGACCUAUGGUUUCUAGUCCACAAGAGGAUCUCGACCUUGCAAAUUCACGACCUUCCAGCCGAAGCAGCACCCGAUCAUCCACAUCCUUUAAUCACGCGUUUGCCAAUGGCCCAUUCUCAAAUUCGGUUUCGCUGGCGAGCCAUAGCACCCGAAGCUCACUGAGCCUGGAAGAUUUGGAAAUGGCAAAGGUAAUAUAAAGAAAUACGCCCUUUUUUUUAAAAAAAAAAAA